ACUCUGGCCGAAAGCCGCCUUUGUGACGCUAAAAGUUGGCCCACAGGUUAGGGUUAUCACUGCUUACUAGCCGGCGAAAAGAAAAACAGGCAGCGAUCAUGUCUGUAGGAACAGGAUUAUCCGUGCUCGGAAAGCGCUCAUCUGGAGCAUCAGUACGCACCCAAAAUGUGAUGGCAGCAUGUUCAAUUGCGAACAUUGUCAAGAGUUCCCUGGGACCUGUUGGCCUUGACAAAAUGCUGGUGGAUGACAUUGGGGACGUGACGAUCACGAACGACGGAGCCACCAUCUUGAAGCUCCUGGAGGUGGAGCACCCGGCUGCAAAGGUGCUUGUAGAGCUGGCUGACUUGCAGGACCAAGAAGUCGGCGACGGCACGACAUCUGUGGUGCUCAUUGCAGCCGAGCUGCUCAAGAACGCCGACGAGCUGGUCAAGUGCAAGAUUCACCCAACCUCCAUCAUCAGUGGUUACCGUCUCGCCUGCAAGGAGGCUUGCAGGUACAUCCAGGAGCACCUGACCACCUCUGUUGAGGAACUGGGCCACGAGUGUGUUGUGAAUGUGGCCAAGACCGCCAUGGCGUCAAAGCUGAUUGGACCGGACUCCGACUUUUUCUCCAGCAUGGUAGUGGAGGCCGCCAUGGCGAUAAGGGUGUCCGAUGGCAAAGGGGGCUUCCGCUAUCCGAUCAAGGCUGUGAACGUUCUCAAGGCACACGGCCGCAGCGCUCGGGAGAGCGUGCUGGUCCACGGGUACGCCCUCAACUGCACCGUCGCAUCUCAGGCCAUGACAAAGAAGGUGACGAAUGCCAAGAUUGCAUGCCUGGACUUCAGCCUGCAGAAGGCCAAGAUGCACAUGGGGGUGCAGGUGCUGGUCACGGACCCCGAGAAGCUGGAGGCCAUCAGGCAGAGGGAGAUGGACAUCACAAAGGAGCGAAUCCAGAAGAUCCUGAAUGCCGGGGCCAAUGUGAUCCUGACAACGGGCGGCAUCGACGACCUCUGCCUCAAGUACUUUGUUGAGGCCGGCGCUAUGGGCGUGCGCCGCUGCAAGAAGCAGGACCUCCGGCGCAUUGCCAAGGCUACCGGGGCCCAGCUGCUGGUCAGCCUGGCCAACAUGGAAGGGGAGGAGUCUGUGGACGCCAGCAUGCUGGGAGAGGCCGAGGAGGUGGUCCAGGAGAAGGUGUGCGACGAUGAGCUCAUCCUCAUCAAGAAGCCCAAGGUGCAGACGGCCAGCUCAAUCAUUUUGCGCGGUGCCAAUGACUUCUUUGUGGACGAGGUGGAGCGUUCGAUCCACGACGCCCUGUGCGUGGUCCGUCGCGUGCUCGAGUCCAAGACGGUGGUGCCAGGAGGGGGUGCCGUGGAGGCAGCUCUCUCCAUCUACCUCGAGAACUUUGCCACUUCUCUGAGCUCGCGGGAGCAGCUGGCCAUAGCCGAGUAUGCCCGGUCCUUGCUGGUGAUCCCCAAGACGCUGGCCGUGAACGCCGCCAAGGACGCCACCGACCUGGUGGCCAAGCUGAGAGCCUACCACAACAGCUCCCAGACCAAGCAGGAGCAUGCCCAGCUCAAGUGGGUGGGCCUGGAUCUGUACGAAGGAACGGUGCGCGACAACCAAAAGGCCGGAGUGCUGGAGCCCACAGUCUCCAAGAUUAAGUCUCUCAAGUUUGCGACCGAGGCCGCCAUUACAAUCCUCCGGAUCGACGACCUCAUCAAGCUGGAACCAUCCCCAACCAGCCACGACGAGAGGGACGAGUGCAUGUGAUGACCAUGUCAAACAUUGCGCAAUAGUCCCUUUUUUUUUUACCUUUUUUUUUUGCAAUAAAAGUAACGCUCGACUGGUGCGAGAGUGGAAGGGGAACCUCUCUUUGAGACACUUGAUGUAUUCGGAACAACACCUUUAUUUAAGACAUUCUCGCAAGCAUAUAUGUUGUGUCAUUCUCAAUUCUAAUAUGUUGAAAUGUUUGCUUUGCUAAUAAACUUCUUUUUUUUUAUUUUC